GUGUCUCAGUAGAGUACAGCACAGCCGAUUGCAGUAAAUACAGUGCUCCAGAGGCGGGGUUUGACCUCGCAGCUCUGAAAACAUCACUAAUCCAAUAUUUCAGGUGCGGAAGCCGACCAUUGCUCAAACUGCAACAGAAACACACACGACUCUUAAAACCGGUAUACUGCAAGUGAAUGGGAGGGCUUGUGACAAAAACUGGAAUUCUGAUUGAAGAAAGAGUCCGUAACCGUAAAGACGAUUCUAGCUAAAUUAUUACACGUGCUAUUCUCUUAGUUAUUUGGUUUAAUUUAUAACACGACAUCUAAUAAUUUUAACCACGCGCAACGACUGCUGGAAUUGGGACACAAGGCUACGUCAAUUUCCACUCUGGUUUCACUGAAACUCCAGCCGUUCCCAGUUCAAGAACUAACAAAAAAUACAUUUGGAAGAUCCUGCCGAUUUCCUACCUUGGAUUUACCUACUGCUGGAGAUAUUGGUCAUUCUUUAAAAAGAUCAGACCCCAUUGACAUACAAUGGCAAGCGCUGCCUGGAUAGAUCUUCGCUAUGGAUGAAGCUUGGAAAGACCGAUCAAUUCCAUUUGACUGCCCUAUAACAUCCUGGCAAUGUGGAGAGCCCCCAGAGGCACUGAAUCCCCAGUGCAGAAUGAUCCAGGCUGGAGAAUGCCUAACACCCCUACUUCAGGAGUUAAACAGCUACGCAUAAGAACAAUCGGACUAGCGAUCGGUGACAAAAUAAUUUUGUCUGGAUUCCAGAUUUCCUAGCUUGGGACUUUCUGAAACAUUUCUCCCGGUUUCUGUGACAUUUAAGACCUUUCCAAGUUGUGGACAAGGUAAAAUCACCUUUCUCUCAAGCUGCGGAGAGGUGGGAGUAGUCGCCCAUGUUUAGCAGGACAGUAACUGCUGCUAGCGGAAUAACGUAGCCUCAGACUGUCUGGGGUUCCUCUCAACGGGACGAGGGAUCCCACCGCUACCACCAAGCCUCAGUCUGCCUCACCGAGUGACUCCACUCACGUCAAAAGGCAGACCCUCUAUCCAAUGGCAUGGGUCAAGUUCUUCAGGAAGCCGGGGGGCAAUCUCGCCAAGUCCUACCAGCCGGGGAGCAUGCUGUCUCUAGCCCCCACCAAAGGCCUGCUGAACGAGCCGGGGCAGAACAGCUGCUUUCUCAACAGUGCGGUGCAGGUACUGUGGCAUCUGGACAUCUUCAGACGCAGUCUGAGGCAGCUUCCUGGACACUUCUGUCUCGGAGACUCAUGUAUCUUCUGUGCGUUGAAGGGCAUCUUCUCCCAGUUCCAGCACAGUCGGGAGCGCGCCCUGCCCUCAGACAACCUGCGUCACGCCCUGGCCGAGACUUUUAAGGAUGAGCACCGCUUUCAGCUGGGCUUCAUGGACGAUGCUGCCGAGUGCUUCGAGAACAUUCUGGAGAGGAUCCACCUGCAUAUUGUGCCUGAGGAGACAGAUGCCUGCACCUCCAAGUCCUGCAUCACACACCAGAAGUUUGCCAUGACACUCUAUGAACAGUCUGUCUGCCGUAGCUGUGGGGCAUCCUCUGACCCCCUGCCCUUCACUGAGCUAGUGCAUUAUGUCUCCACCACUGCACUCUGUCAACAGGUGUAUCAGAGGCGGGAUGAGUCAUUUGGAGAGCUGCUGCAAGCGGCCAGUACCAUCGGGGAUUCCCGUAACUGUCCGAGUAAUUGUGGCCAGAGGAUCAAGAUCCGCCGCGUCCUCAUGAACUCUCCAGAGAUCGUCACCAUCGGUUUCGUGUGGGACUCGGACCAGUCGGACCUCACAGAGGACGUCAUUCGCUCGCUGGGGCCACACCUCAACCUUUCCGGGCUCUUCUACCGGGUGACAGACGAGCACGCUAAAAAGGGAGAGUUGCUCUUGGUGGGGAUGAUUUGUUACUCCAGCCGCCACUACUGUGCCUUUGCCUUCCACACCAAAUCCGCCAAAUGGGUCUUCUUCGACGACGCCACCGUCAAAGAGAUUGGGACCCGGUGGAAAGACGUGGCCACCAAAUGCAUCAAAGGCCACUUCCAGCCCCUCCUCCUAUUCUACUCCAAUCCAGACGGCAGUGCCAUCUCCGUAGACGACGCCUCGCGCCAGAACUGCGAACAUUCCCGCUACAAGACCCCCGUCAACGGAGACGUCCAAGCACCUGAGUCUACAGUUCCAGGCCCCAAGAAGCUGGACCUGACCAGGGAGAACCUGAAUGCCCUGCUGGGCCUUGGCGGCUUGAAACAGAAGAGCCAGAACCCCUCUAUCCAUAGUUCCACCUUUACCAGGGGCAGCGGCCAGACUAGCGGGGGCCGAGGACCAGUGACACUGGGCACCAGUGAUCCUAAGAGCCGUCUGAAGGACAUAUCCAGAGAAGUGGCCCAGAAGGCAGUGGAAGUCCGGGGGAUGCACCCCUCCAGGAGAGACCAGGACAAGAUGGAGAGGAGGAGACAGGAUGCCCACUACAGAGAUCCAAUCCCAGAGAGGUACUCACGCUCCACCUCCCCACCGGAGAAUGGCUUCAAGCAGUACCUGGAUACGCACCUGUACGCCAGCCAGGGCAAAGGGCCCACCAAGACAGAGAGGACCCCCCACUUUGGCGGCAGGUCCUCCUCACACGAGGGGCCUCCUCGCUCCCACUCCAGGGUCCAUGUACAUCCAGCCCCUCCCAGCAGUAGGGGCUAUGGUGGUGGCCAUUACAGCCGGAGACUGGAGCAGCUCUCCAAUGGCUAUGACACAGACAGCAGCCGGGAGGGCAGCCGUAAUGACAGCUCCAGCAGUAGCAGUAGUAGCAGCAGGCCCAGUCGGCCAUGGAAGCCCAUGCGUGAGGUGCUAAAUGUGGAUAGUGUGAUUAGCGGUGGUGGUGGUAGUAGUGGUGGAGGGGGUCACGAGCACCGGCAGCACAGCCCCCACCGGAGACCUUCCAGCCAGGAGAGGACGCCACCCCCCAACGAAAAAGACAUGGACAGGGACUUCACAUGGGGUGGGCAUGAAGAGCACAAGCCCAAGAGCCUGAUGACCAUCUAUGAGGAUGAGCAGCGUCCUGAAACGGGCGGCAGCCGCAGUUCGGUGGAGUCGGAGGGAAAGGACAGGUCAAAGGGCACCACUGUGAUGGCGAACACACUAACGGUGCGCAGCGACAACUGGAGGAUCCAGCGCACAGAGUCAGGAUACGAGAGCAGCGACCGGCUUAGCAACGGCUCGGCCAACCUGGACUCACCCGUGGUGGAGAACUUUAUGUCCAAAGAGCUGAGGCCCAUACCUGAGGUUCACCUGACAAGGGACCCUUUCUCUCACCGGAGAGGAGUCUACUCCAAGGCCCACAUCUUGCACUCCUCCUUCUCCUAUGGUGAACACCCAACAAAGUCUCCGGACCUGCAAGAUGCACAUCUCCUCAAAUUGAGUCCAAGAUUACAAAGAAGACGAGCCUUCCGAUAUACGCCUGGAAUUCUGGAGAGGAGGGACGGUAUGGAUGACGAGCAGGAGGAUAAUGUCGAUGGCAGCCCCAGCAUGGUCAGCCCCUUUCCCCCAUACCUGGCCAAGACCAGCUCAGAGUGGAACAGCUCCGACAACUUCACCGGUCCCUUCUCCGAACAGGAAGAGACCAGGCCACUGGUCCCCAGAGAACCCUCCCCCCAACUCCAUUACCAAAACCUAGCCCCGCCUCUCCCCCCAAAGACGUACGCCCACCGAUCGACAGACCAGUCGGGCUUCCGCUCUUACCAGCUCCAAGAGCCGUCCCGGACGAGCCCCCGGAACGAGAGCAAAAAUGGUCCGAUCCCGUCCCUCUCCCACACCACCCUCCACAGGUGGAUCGAGACGCCCGCCGAGCACAAGCUCUCGUCUGAUGCAAGCUCCAAGUCAGGCUCGUCGGACCAGGACCGGAACGAUCUGUCGGCCAGUGAGAGUGGAGAGGAGAGGUUUCCCAGCCCAAGGCCAGGGGAUGACAUAGAUGGCCUAGACUCCCUGAUCACACGGGGGAUGGUUCUCCCCAUGGUCCUCCCCACCACAUACUUCUCUGUGGACAACUGUAUGACGGACACAUACCGGGCCAAGUACCACCAGAGGUCCACCUUAUACACAGACACUAAAGGUGGGGAACAGCACGCGUUGUCUGGUGAGAGCGACCUGGGAGAUGGGUGGCUCCCCAUCCCUGAGGCCCAACCUGCAGAGCUCCCCAAGAACCGGCCUGAAUCAGGUUACUCCACCAGUAAACAUACUGCAAAAUGGAAUCCUGUAACACCCAAAGGACUUGAUGAACAUGGGUUUCUAUGAUAUAAACUCCUGUUGAAGGGCCUGGUACGAAAGCCACAGUUAAAACAAUCAUCUCCUCCUACAAGUUUUGAAACCUUCUUAUGGUGAUGCUUAUUUGUACAGAUCUCAUAUCAGAAGUCCAACAUGAAUCUGGAACGCCAAAGAGAUUGGUAACUCCCAAAGGCAGUAACAACUAGUCUGAAGAGUACUUUUCAGUUCAGCAGUAGUCACAGGAGUCUUGCGCCACCCCGCAGAACAGUCUUUCUGCAGAACAAUCUUAGUACCAUUGUGAUUGUGGCCCCUAGAUGGCAACAGCAGUAAUUGUGGAUUUGCACAGUAGAAAGCCCCCAAAACUACCGAAAGAGGAUCUAAACCUAGGAUGGUUAUUGGUCAAUGCAGGGACCUCCUCGAACUUACUUCCAAGGUCAUCCACUGAGUUGAAUCACAGAAUGUCUCCCACGAAGCCACUUUUUCCCCUUAAGAGAUUAUCAAAUAAAAUACCCUUAACAGUGAUAAUAACCCAUCUCUAACCCAUUUACAAUUUACGCAGAUAAUUGAUGAAAUGCUUGUAUUUCUUUCUGGAAUUAUGCUAAUUUCAGGGUUACACGGUUACUGUGAGUUGAAUCAACAAAUCACAACACAUAUUGAUGGGUACUCUAGGUUGAAGAUAAUAUAUAAUAUAUAUAUCUUUACUUCCUACUUUGCGCAAAGAUUGUGGAUGAAUGAAGAUCGUUCACUUGGGCCUUUUACCAUAGAUUUUUUUUCUCAGUUCCUGUCUACUUAAGGGGGUGGCUCUCCCAUAGACACCAAUGCAAUAGCAUCUGGGUCUCGUCUACUUAGUUCAUUGACUUCCAUUUAAAACAAAACAUGUGAAAGUGGGAUUUCUCACUUCAUCUUCCUUCUCUAUGUGUACACUCGCCUCCAGUCCACCCAUUAUGCGAUAAUUGACUUGAAUGGAGACACCUGUUCUAUGCAUUUUAUGUAUAUGGCAGCACAUGCAGUCAGGAGCGGAGAAAAUGUGCAUCUAAAAAAUACAUGAUUAUUUUUGCUGUUCUAAUGUUAUUACAGAGACUGCGGUUAUUUGGCUGGCCAAUUGCCGUCAUCGAAAAUUCCAUGAUCGUCACAGCCCUAGUGUACACUCAUCCAUUGUUUUCGUAAGAGCCAGUUGAGGAAGACGAGAAGCCCUAAGGAUUCCUAAAGAUUUAUAAAAUGAUUUAUUAUUUUGUGUUUUAAAAAUGAUUAUAAAUUAUAUUUUCUAUAAUUUAAAUGAUAUUCUGAUUUCAUCUCUUCAGUUUGUGUUGGAAAGGGAACGUUUAACAAUGAAGAGAAAAAAAUACUAAAUGUGGAUAUUUUUUUGUGGUGGUCUCUGAGGAGAAAUAUUUUGCUAGCUAAGCCAGCCAUGGUUAGGCCCUCAGAAACUAGACAUCUGCCAUUCAACAGUGACAGAGAAGACAACUAAUCACAUUUUGACUGGGUAGGACCGUUUUUACAUUAUUGUUUUAAACUUCCGCUUUUUCAAAGGCCUAGACACUUCACUCCUGAUAGUAUGAGCAGUAGCCUAGUUCUCCCACGGUCUAGCUAGCUUUUGUUGCCGUGUGCAGCGGCUGCAGCCACAACUGUUAUCGAGGAGGAUGUUUUUGCUCAUUUUUUAACAUCACCCUUCAAUAUGGACUUUUUAACAAGAUGUUAAGUUUCACAUUUUCAUAGUUUGGUGAGUGUCACUUUUUGCAGCACGCGUGUUGUUAGCUAUAUCACUUUGAAAAUAUGCGUGUGAAACAUUGUUGCAUUUAAACUUUAGAUCACUGGUUACUUUGUGUGCUUAACGUGAUAAAAUGUUUGCAAUAGGAAGUAAUAGUUGUACAUUUAAUGGUUGUGUUUUUGGUUAUGAUUGGGGGCUUCUGACACCUUUUGAUGUGUCACUUAUCGCUAGGCUAUUGCUGACAGUGAUGGUGUUAGGCUACCACAGAUUGUUUAAACUGUUGUUGUUGGUCGCAUUAUUCCGUGCCGGGCGUGACAGCCUGAUGCGUGGCUCAGGUCGGUUUGAUUAAGUAAUGAUGUCAUCAAAAAACAUUGCUACUCUUGCAUUAGAGUUAGUGUAAAUGUUAACUUUUUUUGGGGGGGGGGUGUUUUAACCCCAAUAAAGUCCAACAGUCACGGUUCGUAGGAGCACUACUUUAAAAUGGAUCCCAAGGGUCCCCUUAUGUGGCCACAGAGGUGUUGGGUGAAUAUGUUCUAGUCCAAGGUUGAAUGCGAGUAUAGUGAUUGUUAGGAGAGAAACGUCUCAAUUCAUUGGCAUUGGCACAGUAUGUUAUCUGCCAUUCAACUGUGUAUUCACGAGGAAGCAAAUUGCCGAAGUGGGGAGGGACUAACCAGACUUGUCCAAUAAGAAUCGCUAAUUUUCAUAAACAUUCGCUGCUGUGUUUUAUACAUUUUUCUAUCCCUAGUUCGGAUCGCAAUACAUUCUCUCUCACUCCUUUCUAGAUAUAAGCUUCUUUGCUCUUUUUAAUGUUGCUCCUGUCCAUACUGGGUAGUAUGUUAAAGGUAUGUUAGGUCAAACCAUGCUUUUAUAUAUUUGUCUUCUACUCCUGCGUCAAAUACAUGUGUCAAAUACUUUAGGUGUGUUUCAUUUAGUUUUCCCCAUACAAUUGAACUAAUAGAAUUUGUUCCAAAAGUCCAAACUCCAAGCUAAAUCAAGCCCACCUCAAACUGGUAAGUAUUUGACAUAUGAAUUUGACCGAGGUCUGUUGGUUUAUCUAAUCUUAAGCCUAAACCUCAAGGAUGGAUUGAGUAAUGGAUUUUAAGAGUGUCUUAAUGAGAUAGAAAAGGCCUGCUUUUCCACAGGUAUUGUGCUUGACCCCCAGAGAUGAUCACAUUGGCUAGUGAUGCUGUAAAAAGUUAUAUUUAUGAUUAUUUCUGUUGUCAAAAAUGUUUUAUAUAUUGCUCGGCAGACUUCACUGCACAGUGCCUUUUCUAUUUUUCUAUGUCGAGAAGAGUUGAAAUAGGAGCCAUUAUUUGUACAAAACUGCUUUUAUAACAUUUGAUUUAAUUUUUGAUUAAAAAUUGUUUAAUAAACCAUUUUAUUUAACCAUA